AUGGCACCCGACCAUUCCCGGAAACAUACUCCAUCGUCAAAGAAACAGAAAGUGAGAGCCACCGGAGCUGAAAAACGAAAGAAGAGAGUCACCGGAGUUGAAGAAACCCUAGACGACCGAAUCGAGUGGAAGUCUCUAAAGAGCCUAAAGUUGAAAUAUACUGUGUUAGAUGAUGAUGCUAUUGUGAACAACAUACUGUCAGGUUCUCCUGCUUUGGAAACUCUGGAAUUUUUUAAUUUCGAGGGUUUCCGUCGUCUCGAAAUUAAUUCCUUAAACUUACAGAGACUCAAGUUCAAAGAAUAUUGGUUGCCAAAUGACAGCGAUGAUCAUUCUCUGGAAAUUGUUGCCCCGUAUAUUCAGCAUUUGGAGAUCUCCAAAAAUCUGUAUGAUCUCAAGUGUCGGCUAAUAAAUGCAGCCUCCGUGGUCAGUGCUAGGCUUACUUUCCGAAUUACUUGUUCAGAAUAUUCUAGUGACAGUUGUCCUGAUGAUCAUCAAGUUAUUAAGACACUAGUCCAAGAAUAUUUUCAAAAGUUGAGUUGCGCGACGGAGUUAACAAUCGGAACUUGGUUCACGGAGGUCAUGUUGCCGUUUGAAGGGGGGCUGCUGCUUCCAGAAUUGAAAUGCAAAUGUCUAACUUUAGAUUUGCAUAUCACAAAGUUUUAUUCCUAUGGAGCAGCUAUCCUGUUGCAAGCCUCGCCUCAUGUGGAGACACUUAACAUAACUAUGGCAACUAUUGAUCAUCUUUCAUUCUUUGCUUGGUUCACCUAUUCCAAGAGUCAUCCUAGAGGAACAGUUGUCAUAAUCAUUUGCCCAGAACCAUUAAAGAUUGGUGGGUUCAGAAAUUGUUCUUUGGAUUUUUCCCGAUGCAAAUUUGAGUUAGGAUAUUUGGCAAAAGGAGGCGAUAUUCAUUUGCUGUCGAGAUUUGGGUUUCCCAACCUCAGGAAUGUUAAGGUUGUCAGUUCUUCAGGGACGUGUUUGCAGGGGUGUCUUGUAUGGGAUUAUGAUGAACUUUUCAAUCUUUCAGAAUUUAUACUAAAGAAUGCAAUGGGUCUGGAAAAAAUUUCUAGGCAGGCACAAGUUUUUCUGCAGGCAGCUUUCAUGGAGUAUGCUUUAUGCCCUGGUCUCCAUCCUCUAAAGCCGAAAAGCAUAUUGCACAGUUAA